UUCGACCAGAGUACUGAAGAAGCAAGUGGGGAAACCGCUCCCCCCGCACGCUGAUUUGGUUUGAUUUGCUUUUUUUUGGUGGGGGGGGGAAUUAUAAAGCGCUGUUAUUGCUCAACGUUGAACAGUCUGAUGAUACCAAUGAAAAAUUUCUCGCGUCGUUUUGAUUUGGGAUCGGAGCCUCACUUCCCGAUUUAUAUCGACAAUAAGGAGUUACUGAAAGAAGAGAUGCGUUUUAAGCCGUGAGGAACAGAGAAUAGACGGUUGCUGAAGUGCAUUUCUUGGGCAGAUAGUUGCUGUCAAAAUGUAAAACACCGAAUGGUUAUUUUUUUUUCCUCUGUGGGCACAACCAUCACGAUGCGGCUUUAGAAUACCAAGAACACUUUGACAUGCAUGAAAGAUGGCUCAGCUGUACUACAAAAAAAGUGACAAUGCACCAUAUAGAGACCGAAUUUCUCUUCGCAUUGUGAGAGCAGAAUCUGAACUCUCUCCUGCAGAGAAGAGUUACCUAAGUGCUGUUGAAAAAGGUGAUUAUGCAAGUGUCAAGCAAGCACUUGAAGAAGCUGAAAUUUAUUUUAAAAUCAACAUUAAUUGCAUUGAUCCUCUGGGACGGACUGCACUCCUCAUAGGCAUUGAAAAUGAGAACUUGGAAAUCAUUGAACUACUUCUGAGAUUCAAUGUGUACGUAGGGGAUGCUCUUCUACAUGCCAUCAGGAAGGAGGUUGUUGGAGCUGUUGAAUUACUAUUAAAUCAUAAGAAACCUAGUGGAGAAAAGCAAGUUCCACCGAUACUACUGGAUAAACAAUUUUCAGAAUUUACACCAGAUAUCACACCAAUUAUUCUUGCAGCUCACACAAACAAUUAUGAGAUAAUAAAGCUUCUUGUCCAAAGAGGAGUUUCUAUACCGCAGCCUCAUGAAGUUCGUUGUAACUGCGUUGAGUGUGUUUCCAGCUCAGAUGUUGACAGUUUGCGCCAUUCCCGAUCAAGGUUGAACAUAUACAAAGCUUUGGCAAGCCCAUCUUUGGUUGCUUUAUCAAGUGAAGACCCCUUUCUAACUGCAUUUCAUUUGAGCUGGGAGCUUCGGGAACUAAGUAAAGUGGAAAAUGAAUUUAAAUCAGAAUAUGAAGAACUAUCACAUCAAUGUGAAUCAUUUGCUAAAGAUUUGUUGGACCAAACAAGGAGCUCCAGAGAGUUAGAAAUUAUACUUAAUUAUAGAGAUGAUAAUAGCAUUCUGGAAGUUCAGGCACUAAAUGAUCUCUCGAGGUUAAAGUUGGCCAUUAGGUAUCAUCAGAAAGAGUUUGUUGCUCAGCCAAACUGUCAGCAGCUUCUUGCUUCUCGCUGGUAUGAUGAGUUUCCUGGCUGGAGACGGAGACAUUGGGUUGUCAAAUUCAUAACCUGCAUCAGCGUUGGAUUAUUAUUUCCAAUUUUUUCUGUGUGUUACUUAAUAGCACCAAAAAGCACAUUAGGCCUUUUUAUUAGAAAACCAUUUAUUAAGUUUAUCUGCCAUACAGCAUCAUACUUGACCUUUCUUUUUCUGCUGUUAUUGGCCUCUCAACACAUUGAUCGAACAGAUUUAAAUAUGCAAGGUCCUCCACCGACUAUUGUUGAAUGGAUGAUACUGCCCUGGGUACUAGGUUUCAUUUGGGGUGAAAUAAAGCAAAUGUGGGAUGGUGGACUUCAAGAUUACAUACACGACUGGUGGAAUCUGAUGGAUUUUGUGAUGAAUUCUUUAUACCUAGCAACAAUUUCUCUUAAAAUAGUUGCUUUUGUUAAGUACAGUGGUUCACGUCAACGGGAAGACUGGGAAAUGUGGCAUCCGACCUUAGUUGCUGAGGCAUUAUUUGCCAUUGCAAAUAUCUUCAGUUCUCUUCGCUUAAUCUCACUUUUCACCGCCAACUCUCAUCUAGGGCCCCUGCAAAUAUCUCUUGGGCGUAUGCUCUUGGAUAUUCUGAAAUUCUUGUUCAUAUACUGUCUGGUAUUGCUAGCUUUUGCAAAUGGACUGAAUCAGUUGUACUUUUACUAUGAGACAAAUGCAUCAGAUGAACCGAAUGGCUGCAAAGGGAUAAGAUGUGAAAGACAGAACAAUGCCUUUUCAACGUUAUUUGAGACUCUUCAAUCACUGUUUUGGUCAAUCUUUGGUCUCAUUAAUCUAUAUGUGACCAAUGUUAAAGCUCGGCAUGAAUUCACAGAGUUUGUUGGAGCCACUAUGUUUGGAACAUACAAUAUAAUUUCUCUAGUGGUUCUCCUGAACAUGUUGAUUGCUAUGAUGAACAAUUCUUACCAGCUUAUUGCAGAUCAUGCUGAUAUUGAAUGGAAAUUUGCAAGGACAAAACUUUGGAUGAGUUAUUUUGAAGAAGGUGGAACUCUUCCAACUCCCUUUAACAUCAUUCCAAGUCCAAAAUCUGUUUGGUAUUUACUGACAUGGAUAAGAAAUCAUUUAUGUGCCAAACUUUUCUGUAAGCAAAAGCGAAGGAAACCUGAAAGUCUUGGGUCUCUUGGGAGGCGUGCAGCUAACAAUCUAAGACGAAAUCACCAGUAUCAGGAAGUCAUAAGAAACUUGGUGAAAAGAUAUGUUGCUGCAAUGAUAAGAGAUGCCAAAACUGAAGAAGGGCUGACUGAAGAGAAUUUCAAGGAACUGAAACAGGAUAUUUCCAGCUUCCGCUAUGAAGUUCUGGGUCUUCUGAAAGGGAACAAGCUCUCUGGUGUACAGGCCGCCAGCUUUAGCACAGCAUCCAGAAUAUCAGAUCCCAAUGAAGUAUUUAAGAAUGAAGAUCGAUCAACUGAGCACACGACUGUUUCAAAAAAGAUAACACAUGCAAGUGAACAGAAGAACAAACUAAGCUUUUAUGACUUGACAUCUUUAGUUUGUUCAAAACCAAUGUCUAAAGUAUCAGAUUCUCCAGCACCUUGUAAUACCAUAAGCAAUGGAUCAACUCCAAAAGCAACUGACAUAUCCAAGGAAAAACAAAACAGCAAAAGUAUUGUUAAAGAAUCUUUCAAAACUUUAGGAUUUUUUCGAAAACGAACAAAACCAUGCAAUGCAGAACAGAACUCUAAUAAGAUUUUCACAGUUUCUGAGGAAGUUACACAAGAAGUAAACCUCCUGAAAAACAGAGGAAGCUCCAACAAAGGUGGUGGAAGAGACUUGCAGCAAACUUUGGUCAGUAACAGUGACUCAGACAAGAAAGACUUAAAUACAAGUAAUACAUGGAAAUCAGAAAUAGGAGAAAAGGUUAAUAUGUUUUCGCAAAGACAAUCAACAGAUGGCACUACAAGUGCUAAUUCAUUAGAAACAGAGGAUACUCUGGCAAAUGAAUCAGGGAAUGAAGACCGCGUGAAUCAAUGGACUGUGACACAGGACGAUUACGUGACAACUAGAUUAUAACAGUAUUUAUUUUUCAGAUUGCUUUUAAAAAUAUGAAUAAAAUAAUUAUAUUAAGAAGAUAUGACAAACUCUCACAUUAGCAGUGUUUGUUUCUAUAAGUUGUUCAUUUUUCUUCCUAGUGCUCUUAUAUGUAGAAUUCUGAAAUGACCCAAUUUGGAAUGAGCCUCUGUAACAGAGAAAGGAUCUAAUUAACAAUCCCUCAUUUUCGUAAGCAAAAAAAUUCGGAACAGCACUUUAUUUCCUGAGAAAUAAUGCAGCCAUUGAAAGUGGACGAACGCGUGUUACCUCUAACAUCUGUAGCAUUAGCCUGUUUAGUCUCCUUUCUGUGGCAAAGCUUAAUACACAGAUGAGUUAUAAAUUUUUGUCUAUUAACUUUGAAGUGAUGAACAUACGUCAUUUGCAACAAUGUAAAGGAAGACUAUAUCAGAAACAAUAUUUUUACAAAAGUCAUUUUCUGAAUAUGUUUUGGCCAAGAUACCAUAUCAGGAGUACAUAGGAAUUUGCUACAUGUGUUUUGUUAAGAUUAUUAUGAUCUAAGAAUUUAAAAUGGGGAUUUAUGUUGUAAUAAAGCACAAUCAUUUACUUCAGAACUUCACAGCAGUACCACACCUGUAAUAGAAGGAAUAUGGACAGAGUAUGUUUCAGAUGUUUAUCGACUUUUAUGUGUAUAAACGAGCUCUUAAUGUCCCUUCUAAAAUAUCUCCCUCUCGUAUGAAUAAUAUGCUUUCUUCUUCUAGAUUGCAGAAUGGGAAUUAGAUUUUUAAAUCCUUUUUGCAUUAUCUGUACCUCAGUCUCCUUGUAUGUGUAAACUAAGUUUUUGCAGUGUCCUGAUAGUGCAAGCUGCUGAUGAUAUUCUUAAAAAGGAGCUUCUAUAAAAAGGAGAUUGAUGAGGCAAAUGUGGGAGAAAUAUAUGGGAUUAAACAGAUACUGUCUUCAUGAAGAAUAACAUUAAAAAACAGAUAUACCAGAGAACUAAGCAUCAUGUGCAAAUAAGGAACUAAAAUAAAUCAUUGUUAUUUAAAAUGUAAUGCUGA